AUGCCAUCAUCAACAUCAUCACAUCAUCAGCAGCAGCAGUCAGCUCCUACUGUUGGUAGUAGUUCAACACAGCCUAUUAAUGCUACAGAGGCCUUCCAAGCCAGGAUUAAAAAAUAUGGUACAGUAGGAUUGGGUAUUAUACCAGAUUCCCUUGGUGCUCUCCAUCUUGCUGAGACACUACAAUCUACUAAUACUAAUGAUAAUGAUGGUAUAAAUACUCGUCAAGAUUUCUUACAGCUACUUGGUGAUGUGGCUGAAUAUCAUAUCAACUCUCGUAAACGUAUUGCUGAUUUUGCAAGGGAUUUGAUUAAAAAGGAUAGUGGUUAUGAAUCAUUCACCUUCAGACAGUUAUACGAUAUGUUAUUACAACUUGGACAAUGGAAGGACCCUGCUGAGGAAAAGGGUAUUACUGAUAAAGAUAUACAAACACUUGCUAUGAAGUAUGAUGAUGAUGAAAUCAAUGAAGCUGGUGAAAGGAUGAUGUUAGCUCAACAAGGUGGUAUUAGCGUACCUCCGGUUAAUGCUAAUAAAGAGGUUGCUGAUAGUAUUGAUAAAAAGAAGGUUAUAGCUAUCCAUAAAUACAUGAAUAAGACGUUCCUAAGAUUAGUAGCAACCUUUAAGAAGAUACCUCAAGAAGAACGAUAUAGUAUGAUACCUAAAGUUACUCUGAAGGUAUAUUCUGAGUUUCAUAUUGAUGCAGAUGAUUUAGAGAUGGCAGUACAACGUAUGGAGAAAGAAUUAGAAGAGGAUAAGUCCUAUCAACAGUUACUUGAGGAUGAAUUCGAGAAGAUGAUGGAGUUAGUUUAUGAACAGAAUGUUAGUACUCGUAAGGUAUGGGCUCAACUAUAUGAUAUGCUAUUCUCGCCUAGAGUGGAUAGUGAAUGCCGCCGACCAAAUCAUCAUAAGAUUGACAUUAAGACCGCAUAUAGAGAGUUCGUGAAACAUACUAAGGAGAAUAGUAAAGCUAUGAAGGCUGCUGGUUAUCCUGAAUUGGAUCCUCUGGAACUUGGUGAUCUUUAUGGACGUUAUAAAGAUAAUGAUAAAAUACACAGACUAUGGAUAAAGUCAAGUUGUGAUCUAGCUGCAUAUCUACAGGUGAUGAUGGUAGCAGCUAGAAGUAAUGGUCAGAUGCCUCCACCUCAUCCUCCUCCAUCUAGUGUUAUAAAGAGGGUUAAGAAUAUUACAGCAUCACAGGUGGUAGCAAUGCAGAAUUGUCUUACUACAUGUUUGGGGUUAAUAAAGACUAUGAUGCAAGCUGCUGUUGAAGAUAGUCCUGAAGACCAAGUUUUUGAUAUACAAUAUGCAUUACCAUUUGCACAGGGUGUAGCAUCUAUUGCUAUUGAGAAGGAGGAUUGUGGUAAAGGUUUAACAGGAGAAGAUCUAACUAUUGCAGGCAUGAUGCAUUCAUCAGUUCUACAAAGGGAUAUGAAGUUUAUGGAGAACUCUAUGAAACAACAACAGUAUAUGUCUGAUAUCAUGGAGAUGUGUGGUGGUAUAAAGCCUUCAGGAGGUCUACACCAACAGCAACAGCAGCCUAAUAACUGUACUAUCAUGUGA